CACGCGUUUGUCGAAGAAGUUCUGUCACCGUACCUGUCACGUUCAAAUGCCACCGUAAGUGGCGUGCUGAUUCUGGACGGAUUGCUUCAUUUCGACGCUUUCCCCACGUCACAGGGUGUACCAGAAGGCUUUGAUGAGAUGUUCCCCACAGCAGCUCGUGAGCUGCAUGAGCAUCAGCAUAUGGGAGAUUACAUCCAGGUGAUUGGCCGUGAAAGAAAAGAUGACGGUGUUUUGCAAAGCAUGCAUUCAUAUCUAUUCGCCGACCAUUCUUCGUUCUUCUUCAAUUCGAAUCCACAUUUCCAUUUGCCCACUAUCCAUAUCUCCGAUACAUUGAAGUUUCGUGGCGUCCGCCAGUACUGCCCAUAUUGCGACAGCCUGUUCAUGCUUACGGAACCGAAUAUGCGAUUUCUCACUGUAAUCGUGGAGACAGUAAUUCGAACUGUAGUUUUUCUCAGUGAGUCA